AUGGGAUGCCUGCUGAGGCCGCAUGGGAAGCCUGUGGUGCGUCCCUUGCGCCUUCGCUACGACACGGAGAGCCGUCGCUGGGUGGUGGCCGUGACGGAGGGCGUGGAAGAGGAGUUCCCAGCAGAAGCUGGUCCCGUGGAAGCCAGGCGCAAGGCGGUGGAGUUUUGCUGCCAGAAGCUGAAGGAGUUGGAAAGCCAGGCCGACCAGCUGGAGAACGAGAAGGAGAAGGCGGAGAUCGUGAAGCUCAGCGAGCGAGUGAAGGCCGCGUUCCCGGAAGAGCUCCAGAAGCGCCGGGAGAAGUCCCAAAAGCUGGGGAUUUGCCGAGGCCUGGAGUUCCCCAGCAUGCAGUUGCUCAUCCAGUACGGCAACGGCAAGGGCACUUUCCAGUGGCCGGUAAAGGUGCGGCAGUCCUUCCCUGGGUCUCGCACCACUGCGCAGGCGCCCUACACCGCGGAGGUGGAGCAGAAGUUCGAGAUCCAUCGACCAGUCCACCCAUUUCAGCUCUCCUGGCGCGUGUGCUUGGACAAGCGAGAUGCCACAGGCAGCUUUGGCAUAGGCAACUUCCGGAACCCGGCGGGACUGGUGGUGUCAUGCCCCUCCAAGAGCGCCUUCCAGAAGCUGCAAAAGCACCAGGCAAAGCACGCCAUGGAGGCAGCCGUGAUGCAGAGGAAGCUGCAGCAGGAGAGCAGCAGCAGCGCUUGGCGUUGCUACUGGCAGAAGCCAGCGAAGAGGAGGCCAAAGCCAUCAACCAGCGCGUGGCGGCGGAGACCAAAGCGGCGCUGGCGGAGAGCGCUCGUGCCGCCGAGCAUUCCCUGUACACCAGGUGGGCCCGGCGCCUGGAGCGCCUCGCAGUCUUCUCCAGUGCUCAGGGCCGGGAGGACAAUCGCAGCCUGGUCCAACUCGAAGGCCUCACGGUCCUCCCCAACGAGGAUGGCUCCAACGCUUUGCCCGUGCUGCUACUCCUCGCCUUCUUCCGCCCUCGCAGCUGUGGGGCCUCGACUCAGGGAGGUUGCGCAGCAUUGUGCGACCUGGAUAGCCAGGAGGUGCGAGCAGUGUCAAUGUUCGGCCACGCAGAGGAGUUCGCGCUGGGUGUUGCCCAUCACGGGCAAGCGGAAGCUGAACCUCGAAGACCUGAAGCAUGUCAACGAGUUGCGACAAGCCGUGUCUGCUGCUUUCGAGGUUGACGAUGGCGAGGAAGCCAAGGACACGAAGGAGAGGAGCAAGCCCAGCCGAAGCCGGGUCGUGAUCAAGGAGAACACCGAGACGACCAGGGCCUUGGGCCUGCUGCUUGGCUCCGUCGGGCUCCCGAAAGUGCCCUUCGAGGAGGAGGAGAGCAAGGAGCAAGCGGAGGGCGAGGCCUCGAAGCGUUUCCUCGGCGACGUGUGGAUCGACCUCGGGGAGGAUGGCGUAGACGAUGAUUCAGCUGCGUGGGAGCAGGACCAUCUCUUCGUACGCUGGGACGCGCCAUUGCCCGGCGGCUCCGCGUCCCCGGUCUUCCUUUCCUUCGAAGACUUGGGCAGCCCAGGCAAAGAGCCGGAGCGCGGCUCGCCGGAGCCGGAGGCGCCCAAGGCAGAUGCAACGUCCACGCCCAGCGAAACGCAGAGGUUCUCCUUCCUGCCUGAGCUGUCCCUGGGUCAGGCGCUGAAAGAUCGAGCGGAAUCCUUCAAGCUGAUGCAGGCAGAGGCGCGGGACCUCAUGACGCAGGGCCGGCCAGACAUAAGGGCUGCCAAGGAUCGGGUCCGGAAGCUCCGGCGCAUGGCGAAGUUUGUGGACACCUUCAAAGAAAAGUCCACCUCUGCGUGGAACCUCGCCAUGAAGGCGGAGGAGCCCAUGGGGGUGAAGCAGGCAAUGAAUCUUGCCACCCGCAUCAUGCAAGAUCUUGGUGCUUCCUAUGCCGAAGUUGAGGCAGGCGCCUCCUUCGUACAGGAGCUACACCAGCAGUCUGAUAGCCGGCUGCAGCGGGCUGAGAGCUGCAACAAGAGCGCGCCCCACAUCUGGGCCAGCGCCAUCAAAGCGGCGCGGCUCAUCCACGAGAAGUUGGCUUUUCAGUGGAAACUUGCCUCCACCAUCCUGAACCACUCCACCAACUCCAAGCGCGUCAGCUACAAGAAGGCGGAUGAGACCGUCCGGCUGGUGAACGAGAAGCUGCUGCGCUGGAAGGAGGAGGCCGAGAUCCUGCAGCAGGAGGCGCGAGAGGAUGAGCUCGCGCGGCAGGCCAGUCUGCGAGGCAUGCGCUUGCCCAAGGUGGAGGCAGAGCGGGCAGAGAUGGCUCGGCGACAGGAGGGCUGGAGCGGCAACGCGCACAAGCCAUCCAGUGGGGACGGCACCUUGUGCAGCCCAUGCCGCAUAUGGCACCUCCUCCCGCAGAUGGGUCCAUGA